AUGCGACUGAAGUCUGGGAGGAAGUUCCUUGACGACAAUGCUAUGGUGGCAUUUUCGGGGAAGGUCUUGGCGCAGUUUUCCGCUGACGGUGCUGUUGUGAAUGGUGUCUCCCACGACGAUCUCUAUGCCUUGUGGUGCCGAAUUGAUGCAGAUCAAUCUGGACGGGUGUCCUACCUGGAGUGGACGCUCGGAAUGUACCGACUGCGUCUUGCAACAUGGCCUUUGCUUUCAGAUCUUCAGCAGGGUGAGGUGGUGGACAAGAUCAGUGCCGCCGCCUCCAAAAAGAUCGGAAACAAUUCCUGCUGGUAUAAGGUCUUCAAGCUGGUGGACGUGGAUCGUUCUGGGUCGAUUGGUUACGACGAGUUCUUCAAAAUCAUCAGACGUCCGGAGCCCAGCGUCCUUGAUUGCAGCGUCCGAACGCUCCGUUCGUAG